GUAAUUAUCUAGAAAUCACGUGCAGUAAUCAGUUGAAAACAAAACGUAAAAAUUAUUUUUCAAAAACGAAAAGUUACGAAAAUAAAAUUUUUAUCGAAUUAAAUUGAUGUGAGAACGAAUUUAAAUUACAAAUAAUUUGAUGGGUUAAGUGAAGUGUUGGUGAAUCUCGAGCAUGCGUUACGAUCGAAUGUAAAGCACCUAAGAACUACUCGAUGAUCAAUUCGAACAAAUUUCCACGUCAAUAAAUCAAUAAUAACCAGAUCCAGACUCUAAUCAAAAUGACGAAUUUGGACUCGAAAACUCAAUUAACAGAAUUCGCUCCACUGAGUCCAGAAAUCAAGCAAUCCGGCGUAUCGACGAUAUUCUCAAAAUUCUUCAAGUUUUCUCAAGAUACUUCGUCACAGUCAGAAGAUCGCAGCAAAUCUAAUUCGCCGUCAUUUUACGUUUCGAUAGAAAAAGAUAACAGUUCCGGAGACUCCGAGUGGACUAAUUUGAGUCCGAAUGAAGCUGAAAAUAUUCCUUUACCGUCAUCGAUGCCCGGAGAUCGAUUCAGGCCCCAAGACAGUGCCUACGAAGCUCGUAACCUACCAAAUGUCUUACGACGAGUCAGCAAUCUCUUAGCUUUGAAAAAUAAGAAUUCUCCAGCCUAUAAAGAUACGAACCUGAAACAAUAUUGGAUGCCGGAUUCGGUCAGUAAAGAAUGUUACGAUUGUGGCGAAAAAUUCACCACGUUCAGAAGACGUCAUCAUUGUCGAGUCUGCGGACAAAUAUUUUGCUCGCAAUGUUGUAAUCAAGAAGUACCCGGAAAAAUAAUAAGAUGUUCUGGUAACCUCCGCGUAUGUACUUAUUGCUGCAAAGUUGUAUUAUCCUACUUGCAAUCGGCCGAUAUCGAAGCUGACUUAUCAAUUGACUUGAAAGCUCUUCAAGAUGAUCUACAAUCUAAAUUCGGUUUAGAUCAUUCUGUCUCGUGCGACGAUGAUCAUUCCCUCGAUACUCUCAGUGUCACUAGUAAUUCAUCCGAUGUCCGUAGAAAAAUCUCGGUCGUUUAUCAAGAAGAGAAAUUCGCCUCCGGAGGAAUAUCCGGCAAUUCUAACCGUAAUGAUCCGGAAUCGUCGAGGAAAUCGGAACUUUCCACUUUAAAUACGUUAUUACAAGAGUUGGUUCUAGGAGACAGUGCCCUGAUCACGAGGAAUUACACCGUCGAAGGAGGCAUAUGCGAAGGCUGUUUUUGGGGAUCUCAAUUAAUCGACUGGCUCAUUAAUCAAAGAAAAACAUCCUCAAGAACUCACAGUUUGGCCAUUUGUCAAGUUUUAUUGGAUGCCAAUUAUAUUGAAAAUGUUGGUCAAAAAUCGGCCGAUUUCAUCGACGGUGGAGCUUUGUACAAGUUCUCAGAAAGUGCAGCUGCUCUUAUGGAGAAACCCAGAGAAGAUCUGGGUCACGAGCAGUCUUCCAGUAUUCCUAAAAGUACGAGUACGUUUUCUCAGUCAGGGUUUCAUUUAGAUUUAAAUAUACACGAGAAUACUGUCCAUAUGUCAAGACAGACUACAAAAUCAUCAAAUGGAAAAGAUGGAAAAAAGAGCACAUUUUUCACCGGCAUCGAUGUAGACGAAUCUAUCAAAAGUUUUAUGCAAAAAUAUCUCGAAAUCAGCUCACUAAACCCAAUUCCUUGGGCUUCGGUUAACGAAAGUCAAUUAAGCGAAACAAAUAACGAGCUCAAUGCUUUUCUGCACCUGAACGAGAGCUUUCAGCAACAUUUACUCAACACAGUUCAUCAAUUAUUAGCUGCGGAAAAUCUCUCCUUAUCGUGGUCAAAAAUUAUCAUCGAUUUGGUGGAAAAAGCCUUACGAGAAAUAAAAAUCGAUCUCUACAAAACCGAUAUCAUCAACAUUGGCCACUAUAUUAAAGUGAAGAAAAUUUCGGGCGGUGAACGAAAAGACAGCUGCUUGGUUGCAGGAAUCGUUUGCACGAAGAAUGUAGCCCAUAAAGAGAUGAAUAUCAACCUAAUUAAUCCUCGAAUCCUCUUGCUUCAAUGCCCCAUUGUUUAUCAACGUGUCGAAGGAAGAUUAAUGUCAUUAGAACCAGUGAUGAUGCAGGAACAACAAUACCUGCGACAUACGGUAGCCAGAAUUGCUGCCUUGAAACCGGAUCUAGUCUUAGUGCACAGAAACGUCUCUCGUUUAGCCCAAGAGUCUUUGAACGCCCUAAAUAUUACUCUGGUGCUAAACGUAAAAAUGCAAGUGAUGGAACGAGUCGCCAGAUGCACCAAUGCUGACAUUUUAACAGCGAUAGACGCUCAUGUCGGUACAACUCAAUUGGGCACAUGCAGAUCAUUUUAUAUUCGCGAAAUGCCUCUUAAAAAUGGUGGUUCAAAAACACUGAUGUUCUUCGAAGGAUGCGCCUUUCCCCAAUUAGGAUGCACGAUACUGCUCCGCGGAGCCUCCGAAUCGGAGCUAAAGAAACUGAAAACCGUCGCAAACGAUACGGUCUUCAUGUACUAUAACGCUAAACUGGAGAAAUCAUUUUUAUUAGACGAAUUCGCCGAACCACCAACUCUACCAUCGUUGACAUUCAUCGAGGAAAUCGUUUCUCCUAAACACGGUUCGUCGAAAUUCAACCAGAGUUUCGAUUUAUCUCGACGAACUCCAGUCGAAGAGAUAAAUUUACCGGAAAGUAAACCAGAAUCGGCUAAAAGUGAACGCAAGUUUGAUCUGGAAGAGAAACGUAUUUCUGCGAAAUCAGUCGUCGAUCACGACGAUCCAUUGCAUUUCAAUUCGAAUAUCGACGACGAUGAUGUAUUCUCGCCGAAUCAAGAUUCCAGUGAUUUAUCGUUCAAGGAAGAACCUCAGCAGCAGAAUAAAUUUAGGAUGGCGUUGCGAGAUACGGUGCUUUCUUAUUCGCCUUAUAUCGUCUUCAACUUACCGUACCUGGAGACGAAAACUGGAAUGAAUUGCGAGCUUAGGAAGUAUUUUCCUGAUGAGAUUUACCAAUCGGCUCAUUUCAAUAAUAAAAGAGACGGAAAUCGAGCUAUAUUGAACGAGAACACCGCGUCUUCUAAAACUAACGUAGAGCUGUUUGAUAAAAAACCAGCUCACGAAUUAGUUCACGCGAAACUGAAAGACGACGUUGAUAGCGAAGAAGUACAAACUAUGUUAGCUUUCUACAGAGCUAAAGGCGGUCGUUAUUCUCUAAAAAAGAAAAGUACCACAUCGACCUCCGUUCCUCCAAGAUCAUCAAACGUAGUUAAACCUGUGAAUAAUGAUUUCCUCGAUCCGAGAAAUCAUCAACGAUUACCGGUGUUGUUCUGUAGCUUUUCCAAUUUAUCGAAUAAUGCUCCGGAGUUUUGUGUGCAUCCUUGGAUCGUGAACAUGGACUUCUACGGUUGCAACGAUAUCCCGCUGGGCAACUUUUUGGAAAAAUAUUGCUUCAGGAAAUCGUACAUUUGCCCUUCGGAGACCUGCGAUACCUCGAUGAUCGAUCACGAAAGACGUUUCGUCCAUGAUACCGGUUGCGUCCAUAUUGUUUUAAGAGAAUUGAACUCGUUACCAGAAAAAAAGUUACCCAUUUUGGUGUGGAGCAGUUGCACUAUUUGUAAACUGACUACGCCUAUUUCCGCCAUGUCCAGUGAUACGUGGAGUCUUUCGUUUGCCAAAUAUUUAGAAUUAAGGUUUCACGCCGGUAAAUACACGAGCAGAGUUGAUGGCGCUUGUGAGCAUUCCCUGCAUCAUGAUUAUUGCCAGUAUUUUUAUUAUAAAAAUAUCAUCGCUACUUUUAAAUACACGGACAUUCCACUUUGGGAGCUUUCAUUACCUCCUAAAAUUUUAAAAAUUCAUCCUACCCGAGUACCAAUACCCGUUGUAAUGGAGCAAGUCAAAGAAUGGGCUGUAAUGGGACACGAAUUAUUUAGUUCGAUUUUGGAAAAAUUAUGUUUGCUCGAUUACGACGAUAUCAAAAUGAUUCAAAGUUUGAAGAAACAUUUGAGCGAUCAGCAAGCGAUAUUUAAGCAGAAAGUAGACGAUAUUCAAGUCAUUCUUACGUCUCCUUCUUUAGACGAUGACUUGGACGAUGAAAAUAUCCAAAAAGAUCAUAAACUAGAAGAUUCUGUCGUUCUGAUGAAGAAAUUGGUCGCUGAAGCUCUAUCACGUUGGAAUAGUCUGCUAGCCAGAUUAGAAUCUCAAAAAAAGGAUAACAGACAGAAAACCAAAUCCACUUCCAGCGAUGUCAAGGAUAAUAUUCCAUCGUCACUGAAUAGUUCUGUUAUCGAAGACUCUUCAAGUAAACGAGACUCGAAAGACGAAUCCAUCCUUUCGGAGGAUAGCGAUAUUCAAGAUUUGGGUCAUCCGGUGCCAUACAGAAGUGAUAAUUCAGAGUGUAAACCUAGUGCUAAUCGUUCUGCUGUCGAUAUUUACGAUGGUCCUUUAAACCAAUCCGUCAACGUAUCAUCAUCCAACGAAACAUUGAGUAAUAUUUCGCAAAAUCAAACACCCGAUAAAAUCACCAUGAAGACCUUACUGUCUCAAUUGUUACCGAAUACUUUUCAAAAUAAUCCGUCGUUGUUAUCGAAUCCGAUCAAUACUGAUGAGCAUUAUUUACUCAACGUCACGUGUACUAUUCCCAUUGUUGUGUAUGAAACCGAGCCUAGUUCAAUUAUUGCCUGUGCCUUGGCAACAUUCCAGUAUCAGAAUCUUCUGGAUGAGAUCAAUAAGUCAACGAGUGUCGGAACUGAACAAUCGAACAAAAUAUCAAAAAAAGAAAGCUCCGAUGGUAUUUCUACAAGCUCAGCUUCAGAAACUGUUCAAAUGACCGAAAGCGACGAUUCGAUUAAAUUAGAUGCCACUGAUGAUUCUAAGUCAAAAUCUGCUAAAACCAAUGACGCUUAUCAUAUCGAAAUCCAGUUCAACGAUUCGACAGCUAGUUUCAAUGUCAAAGUUUAUUUCGCUCAGCAGUUUAAAGAUCUUCGUAGUUUGGUGUUUCCCAGCGGAGAAGAAGCUUAUAUUAGAUCUUUAUCUAGAUGUAUUCACUGGAACGCUCACGGUGGUAAAUCUGGCUCGAUGUUCUGCAAAACCAAAGAUGACAGAUUUAUUUUGAAAGAAAUGGGUCGAUUGGAAAUCCAGCCUUUCAUAGAAUUCGCUCCUCACUACUUCAACUUCAUCCAAACCUGUUACUCUAACCACCAACCAACCCUUUUGGGUAAAAUUGUCGGCGUUUACCGAGUCAAAUAUAAAAACAAUAUCUCAAAUUUACUAGUCAUGGAGAAUUUAUUCUACACGAGGGAUAUUAUUCGCAAAUUUGAUCUCAAAGGAUCUGUUCGAAAUAGAUUAGUCGAUACUCAAACUUGCGCCGAAGGAGAAUUAGUCCUUUUGGACGAAAACCUAAUCAAUAUGACCUGCGAAUCACCAUUGUACGUUUAUCCUCAUUCGAAAACUGUACUGAUGCAAGCCAUCAACAAUGACGUCACAUUUUUAGCAAAUCAAUCGGUGAUGGACUACUCGCUACUGGUCGGAUUAGAUGAAGGUUCCCAAGAAUUAGUUGUCGGAAUUAUAGACUAUAUACGAACUUUUACCUGGGAUAAAAAAUUGGAAACGUUUGUCAAGAAAUCGGGUAUUUUAGGAGGGCAAGGAAAGCUACCUACCAUCGUAUCACCGGAAAAGUACAAAAGUAGAUUUAUCACGGCUAUGCAUAAAUAUUUCUUCGCUGUUCCUGAUCAAUGGCUGGGCCUUGGAAGAGGAUUCGAUUAUUGAUGCACUUUGUGAUCUUUCAUGUUACCAUUUUUCUUACUCGCAUUUUAUACAUAUAAAAAUUUUAACAUUUUGAAAAUUUUAAAUUACUUAUAUUUUCAUGUCCAUUUUUGAUUAAAAUUCGUGUUGCAUGAAGGUA